UAAUAACUUGUACAAGUUGUUUACCACGCGAACACUCCUCUUAACCCUUUAAUCUUUUUGUUGCUUAAGCGCAUCUGGGAAGCUUUGCAAAUUUAUUAAAUAAAACUAAAAAUAUGAGUUAUACGGAUGAACAGCUCUCCAAAAUGAGUGAUUCGGAGGAUGAAGAUGAUAAGCUAUCUUUGCAAGCUUUGAAAGAAAUAUCCAUAGUUACAGAAAAUGCAGAGUGCAGUGAGCUAAAUAUACAAGAUGAAGUAAAGCAAUCUCUUAGCGACAUUGACUGCGAGGAACAGGAAUGUGAUGAUCCGCUUCAUGAUAAGGAAGAAAAUCUAUUAGUGCCACUAUUUCAAGGAGAAUACAAUGAGUUUGAAUUCAUUAAUGAGCAUGAAGAAGAACAAUCGAAUCCAAUGCCGAUACCUAGCAGGAGUAAGAGGGCCAAAACGUUUGUCGAAUUCCAGGCACCCAACGGAAUUGUUUGGAGCACUAAUAAAACAUUAUACAAACAAUUUAUUCCAACUGAUUCAGUGGUAUUGCAACAGCCGCCAACCGGAAAGGGUCCGGCAACGAAGAUUAAAAAUGCGCUAGAAGCUUGGUAUUUGCUUCUGGAUGAGCGUAUAUUGGCUAUCAUUCUUGCACAUACUAAUGAAAAAAUACGAAGUCUCAAGGGAAAAUCAUCAUUUGAAAAGUGUACAGAUAUUGUGGAGCUGCGUGCAUGGCUUGGUUUGAAUUACCUUUGUGGUAUAUUUCGAAACACCUCGCAACCUGGUCCGUUAAACGAAUUGUGGACUUGGGAGUUAGGGAACUCAAUUUUUCGAGCCACAAUGACUUGGAAACGGUUCGAAUUUUUAGCGAAAUAUAUAAGCUUUGGCUCACCGUCUUCUAAGAGGGGCUCAGUCCGCAAUUUGUUGCCAAUAACAGAUGUUUGGGAACGAUUCUUAGCAAACUGCCGAUCCUAUUAUUCCCCGAGUGGCAAUUGUUUUGUUAACGAUUCGAUAGUAGACAUGAAAGAUGGCCAAGAAAACUCACAUUUAACUAUAUUAUGCGAUGCUAAAUCUUUGUAUAUAUGCAAUGCGCUAAUAUCAAAUCAGAUGGUAUCGAAAAAGACCAUUGAACGCACGGUACUCCAUUUGGUAACUGACAUUAAGGGGAGCAAUCGUAAUAUAAUCUUGCCAGAUCUGUUUACAUCUUCAGAAAUAGCACUCAAGUUGGAAGAGAGGCAGUUGUCUUUGGUGGGUGCAUUGUCAGACGAAUCUGAAGAAGUUCCAAAAGAUUUAAUUAUUGACGAGACAAAACAGAAGUUAUACUCGGAGAUUGGAUGUUUAACACGAAGAUCUGGAGGUGCGGCUGCUUUUCUCCUAUCAAAUGGACUACCAAAUAAAGUGGCCAUUGAGCACCUCUUUACCCUUAGUACGAAGUCAAGUGACCGGUUUGGGAAAGUUAUCGAAACAUUCAAUACGAAUUAUGGAGCGCCUGAAAACAACACCAAUUACACUUUGACAUUCUUUUAUCGUAUUCUGAAUUUUGCUGCACUUAAUGCGUGGAUAUUGAUGCAGCUUUCUGCACCGGGUUCCAAGAGCCCGCCAACGCAACGUGAAUUCCAAAGAGACCUGGGCCUUUAUCUUACACAAAUGCAACUAAAAAGGCAGUUGCAUGAAAGGAACAAACUCACACUCCCACAAAAGUUACAAGUGUGUGAAGUUCUGGGUGAGUCGACAGAAAAACUUCUGGUGAAAGCCUGUGAAGCAGCAAAAAAGGAUUCCGCUAAAGGAUUUGUCCCAUCAGAAAAAUUGAAUAUGCCAGAGGGUCUAGUGCUAAUGUCAAAGACAUUAGAGCGGCGACAACGGUGUGCUAUUUGCUCUAAAUAUCGGACACGUAUGCGUUGUCAACAAUGUCUGAGAGCGCUUUGUUACCGACAUUUGAUCACCCGUUGCAAUGAUUGCAUGGGGGUCACAGAGCUACCGGAUUCUUAACCAAAUUUUCAAAAUUGCUUACUUUGUAAACACUUAAAAGUUUAAUUCAAAUCUGUUCGAUAAUAAAGAGAAAAAGUAGUAUAGUACAAC